GCCAUAAAGACGCCAUUCAUUCACUCAUCGAUUCAGCCAUCACAAACAUGCAGUCUGCGUCAAGGUGUCACAUCCAUCCAUCCAUCACACACACACACGCACAGAAGGGCACGGAAGGAAGGCGUCGCAUCUCACCAGCACCGCACCACCAUGGCUGCACUGCAUGCAUCUGCCCAUCCACCAACACCCGCCACCCCUUUGCCACAAUGGCCGUGUCCGCUCCCAAUGUCAGCACGUGGGUCGAUUCGAUGAUCCGCUCACAUGCCCGCAAGGGGGAGCAAACACAACCACCACUGCAGCAAGGUUCGUCGCGACAAAACACCACAAGGCAGGCAGGCAGGCAGGCAUCGAUGAAGCUGCUGGCAGGGCAGAGGUGUGUUGGCCACGCCACACAAGCCGCGCCACCACCGACACAUAGAAGCAUGAAAGCCGGCCAUCCGACCCGCACUUCAUCAGUCCUCGACAUCGGCCACCCCCUCGGCCUGGCGCUCCAACUUUUUCUGCAAUACAGUACACAAUCGAUGUGAUGUGAUGCGGUGCGAUGGAGGCAGGGAGGGGUGGGUGGGUGUGUUGGUUGAUGCGUGCAGUGAAUGGAUGACCUUGGUUAGUCCGUAGUAUUUCUCCUUCUCCUCUGAGGUCUGGAAGCGCCCGUGGCCGUACUUGGAUGACGUGUCGAUGAACUUGAUGCCCAUGACGUUCGUCUGACCCUCGGCAGUCUCCUUGCGGACCACCUACACACACAGCAUACAUCCCAUCCAGACACACACACACACACACACACGUACAGGCAUGGAUGUCAGGCAUCCAUCCAUCCAUCCCUCAUUCAUUCCCUCAUUCAGUUGACGCAUUGAUGUACCGGCGGGUAGAGAGUCUUCCUGACGGUGAGGAGUCGCUUCUUGGGUCCCGGGAUGCACCCCUUGAGCAUCAACCAAUCCUCGUUCACCUCGCCGUAGUGCGGGAAACCACCUAGGGAACAGACACACACACAGGCAACACCGGCACAUUCACUUCUCUACGGGUCCGUCUGUUGAGAGAAUUUCCUUGCUUGGUUCCUGUGCUGGUUGGUUGCCUACCCAUGGGUGUGAUGCCCUUCUGUGUGACGUCUGCUUCGGUGGCGGCCGAGUUGUGUGCGUUGGUCUUGAGGCCGACACGGUAGAUGCGCUUGUUGAUUUCCGUCCGCUGGUGGUACCCACGCUGGCCGGCACGCGGUACCUGGAACUGCACGCGGGCCGGGUGCCACGCACCGAUGCAAGCAACCUGACCAACAAACAAACCAGCCAAUGUAGCGCAACGCACCGUGAGGACCAGAUGAACAAGGAAGCUGGGAUGGAUGGGAAGGGGAUGUCUUGGUUACCUUUCGGAGCCCUCUGUGGGUCUUGCGUGGGAGGCGGGUGACGCCCCAGCGGGUCACCACGCCCUCGUAGCCCUUGCCCUUCGUCACACCUACACAGGAGUUUCAUGUGAUGUUGUCCAUCCAUUGUCCCGUCUGUGUUGGUCCUGUGAGGGUUGCGUACCGAUGAUGUCGACCACGUCGUUUUCGUUGAAGACGGCAUUCACAGAGAUGGUCUGCUCAAACAAACUGGUGAUGAACUCAACCUAACGCAACGCACACACAUCCGCACACAGAGGUAUCGGACUCCUGUUGUGUGAUGUCCGUCCGCCGAAUGCUGGCUGACCUUGUGUGCAACGUCGCGUCCGCCGUUGACUUGUAUCUCCGCGAUGUGGGCCUUCUUCUGUCCGGUCUUUGCGAGUCGUGGCUGUGUGUGUACGAUGGCGCGGACGACGGUGCAGUACUGGGCGAUGCGCUUGAGCUCGGCGUCCAUCUUGUUGUUCUCCUGGUAACGCUUGGCAUACUUGGUGUACGCCUUCUGCUUCGAACGAUACCUAACAACACAACACAACACACACACAAUCACACACGUGAGCCAGUGGACGGUCUCUCUGUCUGUCUGUGUGUGCGUGUGGGUGACCAGUUUUUGUAGAAUCGUCGCUUGCACUCCUCCGAGAGGUGUCCUGCCCAGACGGACGUGAGAGCGCGGAGGCCCCUGGGUGUCUCGAUGUAGCCCACGAGGCCCACCACCACCAGCGGGGGACACUCCACUAUCGUCACCGCCUCAACGCACUCCUUCUUGUGCAGCUCUGACAUCAAGUCACACGCAGACAGACACGCCAGACAUACAGAUCGAUCGACAUACCAACCCAACACGCGGAACACCCUGUGUGUGCUGUCUGCCUCUGACUCCCUCCUGGUGCGUGUGUGGUGUCUGUCUGUCUGUCUGUCUGUCUUUGUGCUGCCCUCCCUCCCGCCUCACUUGAUCCGGGUUUUUCGAUCUCCCGUACGACGUGUGUCAUGCCGGCCUUCCAGCCCAUGAAGGCAGCCAGGUUGGGGGUCUCGCUCGGCUUGUCCUUCUGGUACGCCUUGACUGACACGGUCAACACAAUACAGCACACAGGGAACAGAGGCGGGAGGGAAACAAGGCCACACACAGAUGAGCGACGAGGCGAGAAGCCACAGGUGGGCCUGGCUGGGUGUCGUGUGGUUCCCCUCCUCCCCCCUGGUGCCUCUGUGUGCCAGAUCUGCCCGUCCGUGUGCCGUGUGUUGCGCGUUGUGUUGUGCGCGUCACUCACUCCUGCCCCUGGGGUGUCGGCAUCUCUUCCGCGGGAGAAAUCCCAGCGACCCGUGCCGGGGAUGCUCGAACUUACGGUGGGACAUCCUCUCGACACACAAGCCUCCAACAGCAGGGUUUUCAC